UUUCUCUCUCCGUUAACAUAGCUUAAGCCCAUCAGAGUUCUCUCAUUGAGUGCGCUACGUUGCUUUUUCCUCCUCCAAAACAUGAAGCAAAAAAUUAUUAUCCGGGUGCAAAUGACCUGUGAAAAAUGCAGAAUCAAGGCCAUGAAGAUUGCUAGCAACACUAAUGGUGUGAUCUCAGUAGCAGUAGAAGGGUCUGAUAAAGAUCAUUUGGUGGUGAUUGGCCAAGAUGUGGACUCCGCUAAUUUGACCGGCUCGUUGAGGAAGAAGCUUUCCUAUGGUGCCGCCAUUUUGAGCGUUGAAGAAGUGAAGGAGAAAGAAAAGCCGGCGGAAGAGAAAGAAAAGCCAAAGGAGGAUAAGAAACCAAAUAAUCCUGAAGAACAUGCGCUAGUGUUCCAUCAAUAUCCACCAGUUCCCAUGUUCUGUGAAGUAGUCUACGAUCCUGAUCCAAGUUUCUGCUCCAUCAUGUGAUCUAUGAGCUGAGAAUUUUGCUCUCUUUGUUUUUUGUUUUCUGUUUGAACAAUCAUGUAUGUUGAGGAAUUUGAUGCUUCAGUGCAAAAGGAAUAGACAAUUUCCCCAUCUUUUUGUUUCAUGAAUGUAAUUCCCUGAUUGUUG